AUGGCAGAAGGAGCUCAAGCAAGAAUUGGUGAGAUCGAGGCACCACGGCCAGCUCCUGAAGAGAGACCUGAUGUCGACUACGGACCACCGAAAUUCACCACACCGCUCGCGUCUCCACCUGAACUUCUCGAAGGUCAAAUGGCUCAUCUCGAGGCGCAAGUCACUCCAGUUUUGGAUCCAACGUUGAAGAUCGAAUGGUUCCACGACGGCAAACCAAUGACACAUUCAAACAGAAUGAAGAUGAUUCACGACUUCGGAUUCGUUGUACUCGAGCUUUCUCCAUCGGAGCCACAAGAUACCGGCAAAUGGACCUGCCGAGCCACAAACAAGAACGGCACCGACGAAGUUUCCUGCGAUCUCAAGCGCAAAGAUCGUAUCAAUGAGCUCGAGCACUGGAUUCAUCGGCCGAAGGAAGAGUUGCAGCUACCGCAGGUUGACUACGGACCACCAAAGUUCACGCAGAGUUUGACCGAUCUUGGCACUUUGAACGAGGCCGACGCCACAGCGUUCGUGUGCGUCCUGGAGCCGAUCGGCGAUCCGACACUCCGCGUCCAUUGGGAACACAACGGCCAUCCAAUCCCAUAUUCAAACAGAAUCUCGUGUACAAACGAAUUUGGUGUGGCUACACUGCUCAUCAAACACCUCAUCGCACCUGAUAGUGGCGAAUACAAGUGUGUUGCCACGAACUCGAAGGGUACUGCUGAAACGAUUGGAAAGAUCGUGGUAGAAUCGCUUACGCAAGUUGACGCCCCACAAGUCGUCCAACCGCUCGUUGAGAAAAUCGAUAACACUCUG